AUGGCUGAUAAAUUGGAUGGGGCAUACAAAGAAUUAGAAGACUGUUACAAUAAAAUGAGCAUAUUGUUAAAACAGUCAAAGACUGAAUACCCAAACAGCCUCCUGGUACACAUUAAAUACUCACAAUGUAUGACAUUGUUGGAGAACAUCUCAAAAUUUGUUGAUGAAAAUGCCAAAGAAGUGCCAGCUGAAAGAGAAGAAGGUACAAAUGUAACUGAGGUUGAAAAUGAGGUGGUAUUAGGAGGUGAAAAUGAAGAAGAAGGGGAAAAGGAGAUGGCUGGAAUAGAAAACGCUAUUGAAGUGCAAACAGUCGAUGAAAACGCCAAAGAAUUUGAAAAUGAAGAAGAAGGAGGAGGUGAAAAUGAAGAAGAAGGGGAGAAGGAGAUGCCUGGAAUUGAAAACGCCAUUGAAGUGGAAACAGCUGAUGAAAAUGCCAUUGAAGUGGAAAGAGUUCAUGAAAACGCCAUUGAAGUUGAAAAUGAAGGAAAAGGAGAAGGAGAAGGAGAGGGAAAAGGAAAAGGAAAAGGGGAAGGAGAAGGAAAAGGAGAAGAGGAAGGGGAGUCGGAUGGGAAUGGUGAAGGGGAUGGAGAAGGAGAAGGAGAAGGAGAAGGGGAAGGAGAAGGGGAUACAAGAGUAGAAAAGAAAGGGAUAUGGCUGGAGAACAAAACGCCGAACCCUCGACUGCUACAACAGCCCCCAUAUAUGAUGAUAAUGAUGAGGAUACUAUAUCAUCAGAUGAAGAUAUAA